UGGCGAUCCUUACUAUUGCACAUUUGAUAGCAACUACUACACCUUCAUGGGUGGCUACACCUACACAAUGGUCAAGAACUGCCAUGUAAUGGCACGGUAAGCUUUAUAAACAGUAGUAUAUCGUGUGCUUACAAAUAACAAAUGUUACUGUACUUUUUUAGAUGUUCUAAAAAGUCACUGUUGCUCUAGAUGAAUUGUGAGGCACAUUUGAGAAAUGUGCUCUGGUCAAGAACGUUCGAUCAUGUCAACCACUGGGAAAUGGAACCUGCACAAUCUAAGGAGAUCCACACUACAAAAACUUUGACAACCAAUACUAUGACUUCCAAGGCACUUGCACCUACACCGCAGCUAAAUCGUGCCAUCUGAAAGGCACACAUCUCAAAUCCUUCUCUGUGGUUGUAGAGAAUGAGAAAUGGAUGCAGACAGACAUGCCAAAUGUGGCUGUAGCCAAGCUUGUUGCUGUGGAGGUGUAUGGCUACACCCUGGUCCUCUGAAUGAACCAACUUAAAACAGUCAUGGUGAAUAGCAAAGUGGCAACCAUUUCACUUAACCUCAAUGAUGGACAAGUGGAAGUCCUCCAAGAGGGCUUUCAUUAUGCUAUCAUAACUGACUUUGGUCUGAAUGUGACCUAUGAUAUGAUCUACAGAGUCAAAGUCACUGUUCCAGGAAACUACAAGGGCAAAACCUGUAACCUGUGUGGCAGUUUUAAUGACAUCAAGACAGAUGAGUUCGAGCUACCUGAUGGAAAUGUGACCAAAGACAUCAAGACCUUUGGAGCAGCCUGGAAAGUGGUUGUACCGGGGGUGGUCUGUAAAGAUGGCUGCAGUGGCAACCAGUUUGCUUAUUGAGUAUAUAAUAAAAUGCAUAUCAUUAUUAUUUU